AUCCACAGACGAGCGCGAGGGCGAAUAAAAAACACAAAAUGGCUGAUCAGCUGACAGAAGAGCAGAUCGCUGAGUUCAAGGAGGCGUUUUCGCUAUUCGACAAGGAUGGUGACGGCACCAUCACCACCAAGGAGCUGGGCACGGUGAUGCGCUCGCUGGGCCAAAACCCCACGGAGGCCGAGCUACAGGACAUGAUCAACGAAGUGGAUGCUGACGGAAAUGGCACGAUAGAUUUCCCCGAGUUCCUAACCAUGAUGGCAAGGAAGAUGAAAGACACAGACAGUGAGGAGGAGAUCAGGGAAGCCUUCCGUGUGUUUGACAAGGAUGGUAACGGCUACAUCAGUGCAGCAGAGCUGCGCCAUGUCAUGACCAACCUGGGUGAGAAGCUGACAGACGAGGAGGUGGAUGAGAUGAUCAGGGAAGCAGACAUCGAUGGCGAUGGGCAGGUCAACUAUGAAGAGUUUGUACAGAUGAUGACAGCCAAGUGAAGGCCUUGUACAGAAUAUAUUUGUACAGAAUUUCUUGCCUUUUUUUUCUUUUUGUUUUUUCCUCUUACAUUUGUCCCGCCCCACCCUGGCGCCCCCCCUCCUGCUCUCCAAAAGAAAUGCAUGUGUAUCACUUUGGAUUCCAGUUCUCAUGCCUGUGUCUGUCUGCUGCUGCCGUUACCUUGUAAGUUAAGGGACAGUCACAUGGGCGAGGCUCUCGGGGCGACAGGUGUCGACCCCAGGCCCCGCCCCCUCCAGCUUUGCAUUGCUGGCCAACUGAGGCCUUCGGUUGAAUUAGAAUCAGCAGCAACGUUGGCAUGUAAACAUUUUCAACGUGGAGACGACACUGCAUGGACUACGGACUAUUAUAUAUGGAAACUCAGCAUUGCACUACUGCAGAAUAAGGAAAAAAAAAAAAAAAAAAACGGGUGUAUUGCAU